AUGGCCUAUGGCUUGCUCUUGUGGAGAAUCUUUGCGGCCCGAAAAUGGGGGGAGCGGCUGAGCGGCCUAACUGGUGAUCAAGUCACACUCCCGAUAACUGAUAUAACGUAUUGGAAACGAAAUCAAUUAGAGGAGUCGGCAGAUUUUGUGCGCAGGUCAGCCAUCCAGACAGAAGACACACUUACUAUCGCUAUUGAUAAUCUUGGUAUACGAUCUCUAGAAGUGUUGGAUUCUUGGCCGUCUGCGAUAUCUCAUCAAGCCAAACGCCAUGAAGUCUAUGUUGUCGAGAAGAUUUCCAACUUUCAUAAUAGGCUAAUGUUAGAAAAGAAGGUAUGUCAAUUCAUUGUUUAUUAUUUACGAGACUUAUUAUGUAAUAGGGAGAUUAUAUCCGUAUCCAGAAUAUGGACGAGCCUCUUCGACUCUGGGAUACUCCAGCCCCUCCAUCUUUGCAUUCCUGUCAAUUCAAGGACAAGGAAACAUCUCCGCUGCGACUUGGAACCAUCAAGUUAGAUACCUCUCUUCGUGGCCUCUCUGUCUUCUGCUGCGACCGUUCUACCUAUGGCAUUUAUCCUCAUUACACUGAUGAUCUAUCUUCCGUUCUUGAUAUUUUCAAUCAAAUUCCGUUAAGACGACGAAACACUCUUAUCUGGCUUUUUUGUCCACUUGCCCAGCAGCAAAUUAGGGAUGUUUGGCUACGACAUGAUUCCAUACCUAUCUUUUCCACUCCGGCUCUCGUGGUAGUUUAUAUGCCUCCUUUCCUAGAAUGCCUUUAA